AUGGCAUUAGCAGAGAAAGUGCUAAGAAAAAUCAACAAGUUAGGGUUGAUUCCCAAAGCUAGAAGACUACUACCUAGGAUAUCAUUAGUUUUGGCAUUGUUUAGUAUACUUUGGUUAAUAACAUUACCUCAAGAUGGAAAUUAUAGAAAUUGUUAUAUCUCAGAAAAUGCAUUAAUGCCAGCUCAAGUAAAUUCUUAUUUUCGAGAAAGUGAAUGGAAUAUAGUACGUGGAUAUAGAGAAGAAAUUCAUAAAUUAGAAGAAAAACCAAUUGAUGAAAGAAACGAAAUUAUUAAACAUUGGUUAUUAGAUUUAGGUUUACAAGUUUCAAGUCAUAAAAAUGGAGUAAGUAAUGAUACUUUAUAUGCAAUUAUGCACGCGUCAAGAGGUGAAAACACAGAAGCAAUGGCAUUAGUUGUACCAUGGAUCAAUUCAGACAAUGAAUAUAAUGAAGGAGCAAUGGCAUUGGGGAUGGCAUUACUCAGAUAUUUUCAACGUAUAUCAGUUUGGUCAAAAAAUAUAAUUUUAGUUAUCCCUCCAGAUGGUAAACAAAGUUUAAGAUCUUGGGUUAAUGCUUAUCAUACAACAUUAGAUGAUACAGCUGGAUCAAUUGAAGCAGCUAUUGUGAUAGAGUAUGGCAAACAAGGCGAUAAUUUUGAAUAUUAUGACAUGUUUUAUGAAGGAUUAAAUGGUCAAUUACCAAAUUUAGAUUUACUAAAUACAGCAAAUUUGAUUAGUCUGCAUGAAGGUAUGAGCUGUCAUAUGCAAGGAAUUAGUGAUAGAGCUAUCAAUUUUCAAAAUCGAUUGAAAACAUUAUUCAAAGGUAUCUUGAAAUUAGCUUUAGCCGGAACAAAUGAUGUUCAUGGACAUGAAGCCUUUUCAGGAUGGCAGAUACAAGCUUUUACAAUUAAAGCUCAGGGAACUAAAGGUCCAGAUGUGACACAAUUUGGUAGAAUUGUCGAUUCUACAUUUAGAUCAGUUAAUAAUUUAUUAGAAAAAUUUCAUCAAUCAUUUUUCUUUUAUUUAAUGUUAAGUCCAAAACAUUUUGUUUCAAUUGGUACUUAUUUACCGAGUGCAGUAAUGUUAGCAGUUAGUUAUGCGUUGAGUGGACUUAGUGUUGUACUUAACUCAGGAAUUGAUCUUUCGGAAAUACCGCAAAAUAUCACUAGUUUGUUGACCAUUGCCACUAUGAUUGAAUUGUUUUGUUUGGUGUUGGCUAUAGUCAUUCCAUUAUUACCAAUUGAUACUAUAAGACUAGUACCGACUAUUGCACAAGGAUUUUUCAUACUAUCAAUAACUGGUGGAAAACAAAGAUUAACUAGAACAGCAAGCUACUCACUUAUUGCAUUUGCAUUAUUAAUAAUAGCAUUAUUAAUUACAGCUUUACUUAUAGUUCAUUUUGCUAUAGCAUUCACGAUAGGACUAUUAGCUUUACCUUUAACUUUUGUUCCAAUAUUAAUUGAAAGAGAUAGGAAGUUAGCCAUUAUUUGUCUACUGAUUUCAAAUCCAUUUUCUAUUAUAUUAAUUGCAGGUGUAUUCCCUGAAUUCAAUGACUUAUUCGCUCAAUUGAUAUUAGCUUGGACACAAUUACAAAGUUGGACUUGGUUAGUUGUUAUUUUAGGAUGGUUUUCUUCGUGGUUGAUGAUAGCAUAUGGUGCAUCAGGGAUCAGGAGUAACAUUGACUUAAAGAAAGUAUCUCCUGUUUUAAAAGAAAAAUCGUUAGAGAAAUCUUCUAUACCAAAGGAGUAA